AUGAAGAACAUCAACGACCGCCUUCGCCCAGUACUGAGCGGAAACACCGGAAAGUGGUCCACCGUCUUUGCAACCGAAGAGAGAAAGCGCACUUCCAUGUCGUUCGAGGUGUGGCGUUGUGGCUUGAACUAUCUCCCCUUGCUUCACAGGCGGCCUCUGAAUGGGCGAUCUGGACAGCGGGAGGGGUCUAGAACCGCAGAACAGGUACGCGCCGGGCAAGCUUGUGGCGGUGCGUACGAAUCCCUGGACAAGCUCGGAAAUGAUCACCGCUUUUUGCUAGAUUGUGCCAGGUACGGAGUACAGAGUUGCAUCAGUCGCCAGGUUUUGGCCUCCUCAUUCCCUGCUCGUUGGAAUGCCGCCCUCGCCACGUCAAGCCACACCUUUCAACUUGACAACCACAUGCCGCCGUGCCGCCUCAGUGUUCUCAGGGCACUCACUACCUUGACGCGAUCUCGGUGCCUGAUUCCUGUCCUGGCGCCGCCCUGUUGGUCUAUGGCGCGAUUAGCACCUUCCUGGACUCUCGGCCCCGUCUCUCAUCGAUCUGUUCCUCCUUCACCGACCCUUUUCUACGCAAGGAUCGACAUUCACUAUUGUGGUAUGUCUGCUUCUGAGACGGUCCUUCAGCCUGAAGCCGUGUUGCUAUCGUGCUUUGCCAUCUUCCCCUGA